AUGCCGCAGUGCGCCUCGAGAGGAUCCACUACCACUCCCCCUCUCUCCGAGCACUCACCGACGCCAGCACCGAGGACAGCAGCAGCAGUACUACCCGCACCGCCGCCUGCAAAGACGCAAAGGCCCCCCGCAAUAUCUAAACCUGCAGCUAAAACCACACCCAAAGCAACCGAUACUGGUACUGGACCUGACGAUACUGGAACUGACGUCAUUCUUUAG